AUGCCUCGUCAUCGUGCUGAACUUACCUCACUCGGUAGGAAAGAAAAGAACGAAGUUUUAGAAAAAUCUUAUCCCUUGAGGUCGUAUCCUAUUCAAUCCACAUCAUUCGAUCAUAGGAAUCAUUAUAAUGAUGAAAGGGAAUAUUCUCAUACAAGCCGAUACGCGAGGAGGGAUAGCCGGGGCCGUGAUCGAUACUAUUCACGUAAUGAUAGUCAUGAUCGUAAUGUGUCAAGAGAUUAUUCAUAUAGAAGUCGACGUUCCCCAUAUCGAGAUUACCGUUCUCGUAGUAGAAGCCGCGAAAGAUCUUUUAGAGACAAUUUUACAAGAUAUAACCAAGAUAAUUAUUCUUCAGAAUAUAGAAGAAACUAUCGUUCCCCUGAAUAUCGAAGAAGUAACCAUUCUCCAGAAUAUCGGAGAAAUUUUCAUUCUCCAGAAUAUCGAAGAAGUAACCAUUCUCCAGAAUAUCCAAGAGAAUGGAAUCGUCAUCAUCCUUCUUAUCCCAUGAUCAAGCAAGAAAAUCAAAAUGAUCAAACUUAUGUGCAACUCUUAGCGAGACAAAUUUGUAAUUUAACUCAUCAACUCGAAGCUUUGCAAGCUGGAAGAUCGGGAUUUACACAAACUAUUACACCUAUUAGCACUGAAGGAGUUGAAAUACAAGACACUGAUCGACAGCCAACAAGCGUUCCUACACCCAUUAGAACUUCUCCCCGAAUGAGCGAAUUGAACUUACCAUCAUCUCAUAUCAAUGAACCGAAAAAAUUAUCUUCUCGAUUUUGUUCUGAUCAACACCUUAAACCAAUGGAUCCGAUCUUUAAGCAGGUGUUUCGUGAUGAAGUUGUUUCAAUUUUGGAUCAAUUGCCAAGAUCACAUCAAUUUAAAAUAACUAAACAUUUUAGCCAACAACUUGAUCAUAUUACUUGCUUUACAGUGCCAGCAAUUAAAGAAAAAGUUAGUCCUGCAUUAUUAUUUACUGAUAAUGAAUUAAUUGCAGUUUUAAAACAGCUUCAUAAGAGUCGUCGUGGUGUUUGGAAGAAUGAACGGCGGGAUCAAGUAGAUGAAUCUCGAAAGCGAAAACACGUUAGUUCACGAACCUCUCGUAAAAUACGCCGUCGAAUUAAUGGAUUGAGGCAUAUGGUUUAUGUUAACGACACGAUUCUUCGUAAUUGUCAGCCUCCUACGCUUCAUUGGAAUGAAUAUUUACGUGAUUUAGAAUAUGCAGUGAAUGAUGCUGCUUUACAAUCAGCAGAAGAAUCCGAUACAGAUGAAGAAUUAGCAGAUAAUGAACGAGAAAAUGACGAAAGACCAGAAAAUAUUCUGGAUACAAAUAGUGUAAUAAAAGUUUACAAUAAGCCGUGGAGAUCUACAAGGAUAACAUGCAUUUUGCAUCGUUGUGAUGAAGUGACAGGAACUAAUUUAAUUCGAAAAAGGUGGUAUGAUGAUAAUUAUGUUGAUUACAAAAGCCGUCCAAAAAAAGAUAUGCCGUUUUGGUGGAUUUCCACAAGAUGGUCUUCUUCCAAUAUUGAAAACAGUGAAAAUGAAGAUGUCGUGAAAAGUAAUAAUAGAAAAAAUAAGAGAAGGGACAAUUACAUGAAAAAUGCUGAAAUUAUGCAACUUGAUUAA